UCAGAGAUGUUUAAUGUAUUUUUUAAAAACUAAAGAGCUAACUAAUAAAUUUUCUGUGUCAACAGUGAUGGACAUCCAAAUACGUAUGUAAUUAAAGUCCCUAGAGGUUUGCCUGGAAAAGGUUUAUGUCUUGUUAUCAAGUGAGUUGCUUGAUACCUAAAAACUUAGGGCCAUUUUUUUCCUGUAAAACUUAGAAUCAAUUCUUGUAUUGUAUUUCAUUUGUGUCCCUUCUUUAAAGCUUUUCAAAAUUUUCGCCCAGUAUGACUCAUGAUCCGGUACAUUGAAUAAUAGUUUGAAUUUGGACUCUUCCUUUGUGAAGUGGUGGUUGUUUCUGUGGAGUUUGAUUCCAAUCUACCUUUCUGAAGAAGUGGUUGUUUCUGCAGAGGUUGAUUCCAAUCUAAACAGGAAACCACCGCUUUGAGGAUGUCUGAACUUUGAAUAGGUGUAUCCAUUCUUGUUCAUUCUAAGUAUUGUGUUUAAUUUUCUCUUCCUGAUGAUCACUUAUACUCCUGAUCUCACUUCUUGCUUAUACAAGAAAAGGAUCAAUUCUUUUGUAAUGCAUCAGAUUUUCUGCCCCACAAAAAUAUUUUUCCACUCUUUGUGGUCCCUUCUUAAUAUGAAGAGUAAUCUAAGCCAUUCAUGAACUGAAAACGCCAUAAAGUUCUUAAAACACAUGACUCUGAUUAUAUCAGGUCUAUCUCACUUUUUAGGUAUGGACGGUGUGAACCUUUAUAUUAGAGCAAAACCCCAUCUUUCCUUUUCUUUAUUCUUUUUCUUUUUCAUUUUUUUACAUAUGAUUCCCGGAAAGUUCACCAACCAUGAGUAAAAUAGAAGGUAAACGAGAAGAAGAUAAACGCUAGCUACUUUUUCUGGCCAGAGUAAAAGUGCAUAUCAUCACAUAGGUGCAUGUCUCUAUCCUCUUCACGUUGGGUCCCAAAAUGAGACAUCUGGAGUUGAGAAAGAACCUAGCAAUGAAGAUUUUGAGUCUGCAAAGUGUUAAGAAAAACCAGAUUCAGAAAUGGGGAAAGAGAAUUGCGAGCACCGAGUCUGCUAUUACACUUGGUAAUGCAAAAGGUAGAAGACUAUCAUUUAGUUGUUGCUGUGGGUUGCAUGUCUUGAAGAAGCUUGUAUUGAAGUUCAGAACAAAAUGGAAGCAAGCUUUGGGGUGGCAAAGGAGCAGUAUACAAUACAGCUAUGAUCUUUAUAGCUAUUCUCUGAAUUUUGAUGAUGGUCUCUGCCAUGGCCAUCAUCCAUCAAAGGGUUCUCAAUGAAAGUUCUCCUCUUAAUAAGUCAGCUGGUUGUUAUCAGUUGGUUCACAGGUCCAUUUGUCAUAUAAACAAGCUUUUUUCUCAAGAUGCUGGGAGUAUUUUCUUGAUCAACCCAUUACCCAUUUGUCAUAUAAACAAGCUUUUUCUCAAUAAUGUUGCUAUGCUUUACUGUGAGAUGGGGUGGUUGUAUAGAAUCUGAGCCAUGUUGUUUUAAUCAAUCUGUGCUUGUUUUCAAUUGUUCUUCAUUCCUUGCUGCUUGUUCUUUGUUUACAGAAAUGGAUUCCUGACCCUUUUGGGAAGGAAAAGCGUGUGA